AUGGCGACCAUGCAAGUCCUUUCCGACCUUCACCUCGAGACACCAAAGUCCUACGACCUCUUCGACAUCACCCCAAAGGCGGACUACUUGGCGCUUCUCGGGGACAUCGGCAACAUUGUUCCGCAUCGAGAAGAAUGUCUGGCUUUCCUGAGACGCCAGCUGCAGCAUUUUCGAGUUAUACUUCUGGUACCAGGCAACCACGAAGCAUUCGGCUCAUCUUGGAGCGAAGCCAUGGCCGUUCUGAGACAAUUUGAGGAAGAGAUCAGCCAGCAGCGUAGAGAGAGCCACGGUGCAGGACUCGGCGAGUUCGUGCUCCUCGAUCGUGGUUUGUUCGAGUUGCCUACAGAUGAUGGAAAAAAGAUCACCGUUCUGGGCUGCAGCCUAUUCUCGCACGUCCCACCACAGCGAGCCAUGAACGUUGAGAUGGGACUCAAUGACUUCUACCACACCACCGAUUGGGACAUUUGCAAGCACAAUGAAGCCCAUUCCCGCGACCUCACCUGGCUUAAUGAGCAGGUCUCCAGAAUCCAAGGACAAGACAGUGCCAAGAUCAUCGUAUUCACGCACUGGAGCCCCUCGACCGAUACUCGAUCAACAGAUCCAAAGCAUGCGAAUAGUGCGAUCAACUCGGCCUUCUCCACGGAUCUUUCUGAUCAACUCUGCUUCACAAGCGACAAAGUCGUGCUAUGGGUAUUCGGCCAUACGCAUUACAACUGCGACUUCGAGGUUGAGCGGAAGGAGGCGAAGCCCUUGCGACUUGUGACGAAUCAGAGAGGUUACUACUUUGCUCAGGCGGCUGGCUUCGAUGUCGAGAAGAUCAUUGAGAUAUGA